AUGAGACAAAAGAGAGCAAAGUCUUACAAGAAACAAAUGAAUGUAUACCUUCACUCAUUCAAGUUUCGUGAGCCUUUCCAAACUAUCGUCGACGAUGAAUUAAUUUUAACUUGUAUAAAAGCUUCAUUCGACCUUGAAAAAGGAUUGAAGAGAACAGUUCAAGGCGAAGUGAAGCCUAUGAUCACUCAAUGUUGCAUUCAGGCUCUAUAUGACAGUAAAAAUCAAUCAGGUAUUGAUUUGGCUAAAAAAUUUGAGAGACGGAGGUGUAAUCAUCCACUCUCUGCUCCAUUAUCGCCCGGUAAAUGCAUUGAAUCGAUUACAAAUGUUAAUGGUGAGAAUAAGCAUAGGUAUAUAAUAGCCUCACAAGAUAUUUCUCUUAGGAAAAAGUUAAGGACAAUUCCUGGAGUACCAUUGAUAUAUAUGAAUAGGUCUGUCAUGGUUAUGGAGCCGUUGUCUGACGUCAGUUCUAAGUUCUCGAAUUCUGUGGAAAGUGAGAAACUAACAAAAGGCUUAAAUGACGUCAAAUAUGCUGGUAUUGCUUUUAAUGGAGAAGAUGAGCUGACAAGUAAACCUGUGACAAAGAAAAGGAAAGGACCGAAGGCCCCUAAUCCCUUGAGUGUGAAAAAGAAGAAAACUGAGGAAAGAGACGCUUCGUCUGGUGCCACGAAGAAGAAAACUAGAAGGCAUCGUUCAAAAAGUAACCAAGAGCAUAUCAAGGAGCCCAUAUCUACAGAAGUUUCUGAAAAAAAAAGUUAG